UCUUCACGUGUAAGACAACCUUCUAGGGACUUUAUAUACAUUUUGUUGGAGCUUUUGGUGAUCACCAGACAAGCGGGACAGGUAUCCGAACAGCUGAUGCUUCACAGCCACCGGCGAAAUGUCAAAAUCAAGAGAAAUUGUACUCAGGGUCCAGUCGCCAGAGGGAACAAAAAGGAUUGACGUCAGUCCCACUGAUAGUCUCUCCCAGCUCUUCGAAAAGGUGCACGAAACAUUUCAACUCACCAGCUUUGGCUUCAGCCUCUACAAGGAGAGAAAUCACAAGAACGAAAUAUUCUCAUCAAAAAGCAAAUCGAUAGCAGCCUGUGGUCUCGGCCAUGGAGAUAUGCUCUACUUGGCCCCUCUCAAUGGUGCUUUUCUGUGGAAUAGUUCGUCUAGCAACACCUCUGCUCACAAGUCCACUGGAAGCACUGAUGUAACACCAAUGGAAGUAACGCCCACCACUAGUCGGAGCACCAGUGGACGAGCCAUGGUAACAGCCCGACCCCUGGCUAAUGUUGACGAGGAUGAAGUGGAUCAGCAACUUUGGAAAAUGGAUGGAAAAAUUCAACGAAAACGUGACGAAAAAUUAUGCAGGCAUGGAGCUAAUGGAUGCUGCGUUCACUGCUCACCGCUGGAACCCUUUGACGAGGCUUAUUUAAAGGAACAGAAUGUCAAACAUUUGUCUUUUCACGCUUAUCUCAGGAAACUCACUGCCGGAGUAGAUAGAGGAAAGUUCCUACAAUUAGAGGACAUAAGCUGUCGCAUAAAGAGAGGCUGCAAGGACCAUCCACCCUGGCCCCGCGGUAUCUGCAGCAAAUGUCAGCCCAAUGCGAUAACUCUCAAUCGUCAGCCUUAUCGUCAUAUUGACAACGUCGUUUUCGAGAACGCAAGUUUAGUCGAGCGUUUUCUCAACUACUGGCGAAGCACUGGUCACCAACGUCUGGGAUAUCUCUACGGUAGAUAUGAGAUUCAUUCGGAUGUACCACUUGGCAUAAGAGCCGUGGUGGCAGCCAUUUAUGAGCCACCCCAGGAGAGCACGAGAGACUCGAUUGUACUUCUCCCGGACGAUAGGGACUCUCUUGUCGAUGAAGUUGCCCGCAAACUAGAUCUGAGGAGAGUUGGCUGGAUUUUUACUGACCUGAUCGCUGAUGAUGUCAAGAAGGGUACUGUCAAACACGUUAGGAAUAUUGACAGCCAUUUCCUCACUGCUCAAGAAUGCAUCAUGGCUGGGCAUUAUCAGAAUCAACAUCCCAAUCCCUGUCGAUUUUCACCGAGUGGUUCAUUUGGAUCAAAAUUCGUUACUGUCUGCGUAACAGGUGACGACAAGAACCAAGUACACAUGGAGGGUUAUCAGGUCUCCAACCAGUGCAUGGCUCUCGUCCGAGACGGCUGUUUUGUGCCAACGAAAGACGCCCCCGAGCUAGGCUACGUGAUCGAGUCCACGGAUAAGCAGUACGUCCCAGAUGUUUACUACAAGGAGAAAGAUUCAUAUGGGAAUGAAGUGUCGAGAUUAGCUAGACCACUCCCAGUUGAGUACUUACUGGUUGAUGUGCCGGCAUCCACACCCCUGACGCCCCAAUACACAUUCUACGUUAGUGAAAACAUCAACCCGUUUCCAGUUGAAAAUAGAUUGGUGGACGAUCAGAUCCAGGAGUUCAAUUCACUGUGCACCUACAUGCAUCAGUUUAACUCAGCUCAAUUCAUGGAGGCUAUUUCUGAUUUUCACUUGCUCUUAUUUAUCGCCACGAUGGACAUGCUCCCCAUGAUGGAGCACAUGCCGGAGUUACUCAAGGCAAUCAGAACCAAUGACAGAGAGAAAGCAAUGGAGUGGGCGAAGAGCGAACACUGGGCAACUAUUGAUCAGCUGAUGGUUGCCACCACUAACUCAUCGCCGAUGUCCUCACAACGAACUGGCUUUCCUGCAAGUGGAUCGAGAUCCAGGGGAUCACUGACCACUACCAGUGGUGGACUGGGCGUUGGUGUGGACACUAAUGUCAAUGCAUCCUCCAAUCAGCCACUUUGGACGUGUCCACACUGCACAUUUUUGAAUCCAGCUGAGAUUGGUACCUGCGAAAUGUGCAGUUUGCCCAGGAUGUAGUGCAUGUAGCACAGUGAAUGCAACGUUUUUUUACUCUGCCUUAUUUAUAUAGAAAAUAAAGCCCAGACACUGUAGAGAGUUCGCCCUAAAGGCGACUAAGUUACUGCACCCUGUUUUUCUUUUUUGAGCCUUUUUUGGUUGAAAUUAUACUUGUGACAAAAAACAGCAAAAAAUCCUUGUGAUUUCUAGGAUGCUCCUCUGAAACGAGCGCUGAAGAUUUGGUUAUUACAGUUUUUACGUACAUCCGAGCUACGACUGAUUACAACUGAAUAUUUAAGAAAAAAAAAAUAAUAAAACGAUAAAGUAAAUGAUAUGUGAAUGGCACCUGAA